AUGGGGCUGUGUUUCAGCACAGAGUCCGCGGGGGACGCGGAACAGAAGAAGAGAAGCCAGAUGAUCGACCGGAAACUGGAGGAAGACUCUCGGCGACUACGAAGGGAAUGCAAGAUUCUUCUUCUGGGGUCCGGAGAAAGUGGCAAGUCUACGAUUGUCAAGCAGAUGAAAAUCAUCCACCAAAAUGGUUAUACGGUCGAAGAACUUGCGCUGUACCGGUUGACCGUGUAUAAGAAUCUCCUGGACUGCGCGAAAGCGCUGAUCGGCGCAUACCAACACUUUGAGCUCGAACCGUCGAGUCAGCGGGUCCAGGAGUACAUCACCUUCUUGGAGGACUACAGCGUUGACCCCGACCCAAACACCCCACUGGAUCUGAAAGUGGGCGAUGCGAUCACAUACCUAUGGAAUGACCCUUGCACAUCAACCGUUCUGGAACACCAGAAUGAGUUCUACCUGAUGGAUUCCGCACCAUAUUUCUUCGAAGAAGCGAAGCGAAUAACGGCACCGGAUUAUAUUCCCAACGUCUCCGACGUGCUCCGAGCACGAACCAAGACCACUGGUAUCUACGAGACAAGGUUCACAAUGGGCCAGUUGAGUAUACACAUGUUCGAUGUGGGUGGCCAGCGCAGCGAGCGAAAGAAGUGGAUCCACUGCUUCGAGAACGUCACAUCCAUUAUUUUCUGCGUGGCAUUGAGUGAAUAUGAUCAGGUGCUACUGGAGAAAAGCGAUCAAAACCGAAUGAUGGAGAGCUUGGUCCUCUUCGAUUCCGUGGUCAAUUCUCGAUGGUUCAUGCGGACGAGUAUCAUCCUUUUCUUGAACAAGGUUGAUUUAUUCCGACUGAAGCUCCCACGAUCACCAUUGAGCAAUUACUUCCCGGAUUACUCGGGCGGAAAUGAUGUCAACCGCGCUGCGAAAUAUCUCCUUUGGCGAUUCAACCAGGUGAAUCGAGCGCACCUGAAUCUCUACCCACAUCUCACCCAAGCGACUGAUACCACCAACAUUCGCUUAGUUUUUGCAGCGGUCAAGGAGACGAUUCUGCAAAAUGCUUUGAAAGACUCAGGCAUUCUGUGA